GAUCAUGAAGCAACGGCUGAUGACAUAGAACGUCCACCUGAAGCUUUCAAUUUAUCCGAUUCAGAAGAAAUGAAUGCGGCAAACAAUAAAGAUACAAGCGAAGGAGGAAAGAUCAAAGCUCUUCUCAAUGUCUUACGUAGAAUGAUCGGUGUCAAGGAUUUGGCGGCAAUCAGACUUUCACUUCCUGCUAACCUUUUGGAGCCUGUGCCAAAUUUGGAAUAUUGGAAUUAUAUGGAUAGAGCCGAUUUGUUCUCUGUUGUGGGUGAUCUGGAUGAUCCAUUAGAUAGAAUGUUGGCAGUACUUCGCUUCACUUUUACCAAAGAACUCAAAUUCGUACACGGAAAGAUUUGCAAGCCAUACAAUUCCAUCCUUGGUGAAUUCUUUCAAUGUCAUUGGGACGUUCAAGUUCCGGAAGAUGCAGAAAAGGUUGGCUAUCUUCCAACUAUGGCUUUGCGUGUAGAUUCUCCAAGUCUUUUACCCCUUGCUUCAGCUGCCUCUUCAUCCGGCUCUUCUAUCAAAUCAGGCAAAGCUUCAAAGUCUGACCGCCGCACAGCUUCAACGAAGGGAGGAUCUAGCAAGACCCGUCGUGGACUGUCCCGAUUGCUUACCGGUACACGUAAUAAGGUCACACCCAACAGCGCCAACAGUACGGCAAACACUGAUUCGAGCUCAAACUCUCUCAAAUCCCCAGCUCUGUCAGCACAGAAACCCGAUCAAGAAGUUCCAGAUGCAGAUAAUGAUGACGAUGAUCAAUCUGUUGCCGGUAGCUUCAAGACGAGCAAAUCCGAGGCAGAAGGUAGAAGGGUAUGCUUUUUGACCGAACAGGUUAGCCAUCAUCCCCCAAUUUCAAGCUUCUUUGUCGAUUGCAAAGAUGCAGGCGUUCAACUUCGCGGUGUAGAUCAAUUGAGCGCAAAAUUCACGGGAACGAAUAUCAAAAUUUUCCCCGGAGACCGUAAUAAAGGAAUAUUUUUGGGUUUGACGGAUAAAGCACGCUGUGGCGCAGAUGGAGAAGAAUAUCAAAUCACACAUCCUACCGCCAGCAUUAAUGGUUUGUUACGAGGAUCUUUAUGGGUUUCAGUGCAAAAUCAGGUUUACGUUACUUGCAGAGGCGGAAAGAGAGCAAAUGAUAAUGGUAAAAGAUUACGCGCAAUCACGGAGUACAAGGAUGAAAGUUGGGUCGGAAAGGCAAAGUAUGCAUUAGAGGGUGUGGUGUACGAAUAUGAAGAAGAAAAAGAGGAUCCAGAGCAAUACACCACGAUCAGAGAUGUUCCAGCGGAUCGUGUGAUUAUGACUUUUGAGGGUACAUGGAAAGGACAAAUUCAUUGGAAAUUGAAAGGGGAAAAAGAAUCAAGAUUGUUGAUCGACCUUACGGAAUUGGACCCGAUCAAAGCAAUCAAAGUUCGACCUUUGGAAUCGCAAGAAGAAAUGGAAAGUAGAAAGAUUUGGAAAGAUGUUACAGAAUCAAUUUUAAACAAAGAAUUCGGAACGGCAACAAAACAUAAACAAACAAUUGAACAACAGCAACGUGAAAGUGCUGCCGAGAGAAAGAGAAAAGGUCAAGAAUUCGUUCCUAAAUUCUUUGAUCCAAAUAUUGAUGACGGACGGCCUAAAUUAAUCGAAGCAGGCAGAGCUGCUUUAGACGGUGAACAUGAAUUGGCAGGAUACUAG